AUGGUAUUGGCCAAGAGCAAGCAGUCGGUCGGUCUGGGCAAUGCCCUCAUGAACGACCGCUUCAAGAACAAGAACUCCAACCAGCACAAGGCCAACGCCGGCGGAAUCCAGAGAAAGGGCCAGAAUGGAGAGACAUACAUCACCAACAACAAGCAGGCCGCUGCCUACGAGAAGAUGCGCUCCGUCACCGAGCAGGGCGAUUUGGACGAGUUCCUGUCCACUGCAGAGCUGGCAGGCACCGACUUUACCGCCGAGAAGAUGAACAACGUCAAGAUUAUCCACAAGGACCAGAAGAACCCUUACCUCUUGUCCUCGACCGAGGAGCGCAAUGUCACCAAGAAGCACAACAAGAACAGAAGCCGUCUUACCGUCCCCCGUCGCCCGAAAUGGGAUGCCACCACUACGAAGGAGGAGCUGAACACACGCGAGAAGGAGGCCAUGAUCGAGUGGCGCAGAGACCUUGCCGAGCUGCAGGAGAACCAAGAUUUGCUCCUGACACCUUUCGAGCGCAACCUCGAAGUCUGGAGACAGCUGUGGCGUGUCAUUGAGCGUUCCGACUUGGUCGUGCAGAUUGUCGAUGCCAGAAACCCCUUGAUGUUCCGCAGUGAAGACAUGGAGUCAUACGUCAAGGAGGUCGACCCCAAGAAGCGCAACCUGUUGCUCGUCAACAAGUCGGAUAUGAUGACUCUCGAGCAGCGCCAGACUUGGGCCAAGUACUUUAUCGACAACAACAUCAACUUCCGUUUCUUCUCUGCAGAGCUCGCUCGUGAGCUGAAUGACGCCAAGGCUGACGAGGAGGAAAUGCAGGCUGAAGAGGAGGAUAGCGAGGACGAUGAGAGCGAGGAGGACGAGGUUGCCGAGGCGCUGGACGCAGAUGAGAAUGCUCUGGAGCAGGAGGCCAAGAAGCUCGACAUCCAAGAUGCACAAGAGGAGGACGCCAAGUGGGUGGACGAGGAGACGGUCGACGACAAACACGCUGCACCUGUAUCCGAUGUCAUUCCCAUGUCGCUCGAGGAGGCCACGCGCAUUCUGACUACCGAGGAUCUGGAAGCUCUCUUCUUGGAGCACGCUCCCAAGAUGGCUGCCGCCACUGAGGACAAGCCUGCCCGCAAAGUACAGAUUGGUCUGGUCGGUUACCCCAACGUCGGUAAAUCGUCCACUAUCAACGCUCUGCUCGGCGCAAAGAAGGUCUCCGUCUCUGCCACACCCGGUAAGACGAAGCACUUCCAAACCAUCCACUACUCGGACCAAGUCGUGCUUUGCGAUUGUCCCGGUCUCGUUUUCCCCAACUUUGCCUUCACAAAAGCAGAACUCACAUGUAACGGUGUCCUACCCAUCGAUCAGAUGCGCGAGUUCACUGGUCCUGCAACUCUUGUCGCUACCCGCAUUCCCAAACCUUUCCUUGAGGCUGUCUACGGUAUUAACAUCAACAUCCGCUCUCGCGAAGAAGGUGGUACCGGCACACCAACUGGUGAGGAGCUACUGCGCGCAUACGCCGCCGCUCGUGGUUUCUUCACCCAAGGUCUUGGUCAGCCCGAUGAGAGCAGAGCCGCGAGACUGGUCCUCAAGGAUUACGUCAAGGGCAAGUUGCUGUUUGUACACCCUCCUCCCUCAGAGCCGCCGAUCGACCACAAGCACUUCAACCGUGAACUCUACGACUACAACCACCUUCCUCAAAAGCGACGAGCACAGCUCGCAGCCAUGCACUCGGCUGUAAUGCAUCCCGAAGCACAAACCGGUGACGAGCCAUCGCUCAUGGAGAACGACGAACUCGACAUGGUUCCCAUGAGUGGAGCAAAGACACAACGUAUGGACAAGCAAUUCUUUGCGCCCGGACAAGGUAGAGGAGAGCAAAAUCUGCCAUUCCAUCACAAGUACACGGAGCAAGGACAAAAGAAGGUGGAAAACACUGGUGGCAGGAUGUUGACGGGCCGCAAAGCUAAGAUCAUGCUGGCUCUGGAGAAGGACAUGAACCCCGACGACGUGAAAAUGAUGAUGUCGGGUAAGAAGCACUUCAAGGCCAACAAGAGGGCCCAAAAGAAGGUCAGAAGCGAGUACGACAUCUAA